AUGAUUGAAAACACUAAAAAGCGAAAGAGAAAUCCAAAUGCACAAACCGAGGAAACCGUUGUUCAAAGAGGUAUUAUUGAUGCAAAUUGGCGAAAAUUACUAGCAAAUAGCUUACUAAUGGAUAAAGGUAAUGAAAAACCUGUUCAGAAAGACCAAAAUCAGCAAUAUACCGGUACGUUCCGAAGAGCUAGAAAGAAAAAAGCUAACGACCCCACCACUUCCAAUUCUGUUCAUAAUAACCUAGAAACAUUGCAAAUAAAUAAUGUACCCUCAAAACUAGAUAAUUCUGUCUCCUUGAACGCAACAGGAAUAAAAAAUAAUGUAACUAUUUCAAACCGUGAAAUGAAAAGUCCUUGUAAUAAAGACAAGAAGGGUUCACUAACGAAGUUUAUUGCAAUGGAUUGUGAGAUGGUAGGAAUUGGCUAUGACGGUGGUGACCAUAUGCUGGCACGUGUGUCGCUUGUAAAUAAAUUUGGCGACUGCAUUUAUGAUAAGUUUGUGAAAGCAAGGGAAGAAGUAAAAGACUAUCGUACAGAUAUAAGUGGUAUCCGAAAAGAAGAUCUAAUCAAUGGCGAAGACUUUACGGUAGUUCAGAAAGAGGUGGCCGAGAUUCUGCGAGGUCGAAUUCUGAUUGGCCACUCCUUGAAGAAUGAUCUAAGCGUUCUCUUUUUAUCCCAUCCUAAGAGAAACAUAAGGGACACAUCAAAGUACAAACCAUUUAGGAAGAUAACAAAAGGCAGCACUCCAUCUUUAAAACGCUUAGCAAAAGAAAUCCUUGGCAUCGACAUCCAGCAUGGUGAACAUAGCUCGGUGGAGGAUGCCAAGGCGGCCAUGCAACUCUACUGCACAGUCGCGAAGACGUGGGAACGGAUGAUGAGUGAAAAGCGAGGGUACAACAAGAAGAUGGUGGAUGAAUGA